AUGCAGAGCUCUCGCUAUGCUCGGCUGAAUCCUUUCGGGACUUCUCAGCCGACUGCGAGCCCCAUUGUUGAAGAACCUCUGCACUUUUCGAAUCUUAUUCCGGACUCUUCAUACAACCCAGCGCCGUCUUCUCAUGUUAGCGACGAGAGUUUGAACAAUAUAUCCAAGAAACAGCGGCUCAAAGUCCAGAACCGUUCAAUUUCAGGCGGCGAUGGCCUCCCCUAUACGGGGUUUGACCCAAACGCCGACUUGAGGUCUCCCAAACGCCGUCCGACAAGCAGCUCGUUGUACAGGGCCGCAGCAUCGAUCCGAGAGUUCGCCGUCUCACACUUCACGGUGCCUUCCGUUGCGGCGCCCUGGGAACACGAACUAUCUGAAAAGCAUGGCGCAAGCCUACCGCCCUCUGACAGUGUCCGGUACUUCGAUCAUCGGCGCCAGCGACGGAGAUUGUUCAUCAACAGUACGUUUCAAUGGUUUGUCACGGCGUUCAUAUGUGCUGCCCUGGCCAGUUCCUUGUACGGCUUUUCCACAGUGGUUAGUGGCCUGAGCACGACGCGCAAAUAUGUCUUCAACGCAUUGGUCACCGGCUUGUCUUUGUGUUUGGGUCUGAACCUUGCUUCCUCGUUGAGGGGCUAUGCGCAAAUGAUGCGAUGGAGGUUCCUCGCCUCGGGAUACCGCACGAUUCAGGACUUCGAGCUCAUCAUGAACUGCGACAGUCAGUCAAAAGUCUUCCGCUUGAUCUGGGGCGGGCGGACUCGUGGGAGGUGGUUGCCGAACACAACUCAGAUCCUUGCCCUCGUUUGGCUCCUGAUCAAUAUCGCACUGCAAGUCUUCACCGCUCUGCUAGGUCUGACAUAUUCCACCGAUGUCAGUUCGGACUACGUCUUUCUGACCUAUGGAAACGUGAGCGUCGUCAAUCUCUCUUACAUUGGCAAUGCCGAGACGACUGCGAUGUACGCUGGCGACUAUACCAGUCUCGAAGCGUCGCUCGCAGAGCUCGCAGUGGCCAAUGAAUUUGGUGUCACCGGACAAGACUUUUCCGUUUGGACCACCCCGUUUGACGAAUACGUCGGUUACGAUCAGUCUGUCUACACAGAUGGGGAAAUUUUCUGGUACCGGUUUAUCGAUCGCUCUCCCCUGGCCUAUUCCCUGGCUACUAACACAUGGCGGACUGUAAAUGCCACAGCUUCAUGCGAACCCCACACUGUCACCUUCGGAGGCUACGCUGGGUUCAACACCGAUAACAGCUCCCUGCUGUGGGACGUUACGUGGGUGGAUUCCAACGGCGUGGAAAACACAUGGACCAUCCCCGACCAAUCAACGGGUGGAACCACGUGGAUGAGCAAUAUUACGAGUGAUUGCGGGCCACGGUGUGCUCAAAUAUACGCCCUCCAGGUCGCCGACAAUAUCACCACUGACGUCCCCACGCCGCGCUUCUGGAGCUGCAUCUCGAAUGUCUCUACCGUGGACGGAAUCGACUGGUAUCCCGACCUAUAUCCGGACCCUGCCUGGUAUCAAAUCCCGGAUGAGCAGGCCGGCGUACUGGCCGGAGCGAUAGGGUGGUCAGGUGUGCUCACGCUGGGGAAUGACGGUGAGUUGUCGUUCACGACGCCGGAGUCACAGCUUCAGAUGGUCUCCUACCAGGUCGACAGUCAAUGGAGCCCACCGGGCAACUACUCGGCGGAGGACAUGGCAUGGCUAGUCAUGAAAUUCACAGCUGGAGCGAUCAGCGCGAUGGAUGCGGUUGGUCCACGCUCCAAUGUGACGGCGUGGGGACCGGCUCCAGCGCAAGUCAUCCAGGUGCAGUGGAGAUUUGCGGCCUCCAUCCUUGGGGGGAUUCCGGUGGCACAGGGGUUGGUGUUGCUGAUCGUGAUCAUGUUCGCGAACAAAGCCAUCAUCAAAGACACAAGCCACUUGAGCACGGCGAGAUUGUUGAGGCCGCUCGUGGAGAAACUGGGCGACCGUGGCUGCCUCUUGACGGGCGACGAGAUCGCCGAGCAGCUCGGGAACUACAAGAUCAUCUACGGAGUGAGAGAACCCAACGCUGGAUUAGGCGGUGGGUUGGGCGUCGGCGUCGUGGGCGGCGAAGACGGCAAGAUCAGGCACUUGGAUAUACUCGAGGAAAGUGAAGGGCUAGGGUAUAGGCACGGACGCAUGCCCGAAGGGAGAUACGACGGUGUAUAUCCAGUCAAGGACGAGAAAACCGAGGCACUGCUGGCAAACACCACGGAUUCGGGGUCGGAGUCGGAGUCGGACGAUGAUCAUCGAGCACCACCAGCGUGGAAUGUGCGGCGGAGAAACGAGAGACGGACUCGGAGAAUGAGCAUCUAA